UGUUGGAAACACUGUUACACUCGUAUUCUGAAGUGAUUAGACUGCAGCGAUGGCAAGAACCAAGCAGACCGCUCGUAAAUCCACCGGUGGUAAAGCCCCGAGGAAGCAGCUCGCUACUAAAGCCGCCCGGAAGAGCGCCCCAGCCACCGGCGGCGUCAAGAAGCCCCACCGUUACAGGCCCGGGACCGUGGCUCUCCGAGAGAUCCGUCGCUAUCAGAAGUCCACCGAGCUGCUGAUCCGCAAACUGCCUUUCCAGCGUCUGGUGCGAGAGAUCGCUCAGGAUUUCAAGACGGACCUGCGCUUCCAGAGCUCCGCUGUCAUGGCCCUGCAGGAGUCCAGCGAGGCUUAUCUGGUCGGUCUGUUCGAGGACACCAACCUGUGCGCCAUCCACGCCAAGAGAGUCACCAUCAUGCCCAAAGACAUCCAGCUGGCCCGCCGCAUCCGCGGAGAGCGCGCUUAAACCCGCCGCUGCAUCAGCCGCG